AUGAGGGAUCAUCGAUGGUAUUAUGGCAGGAUAAGCCGGGCGGACGCCGAAUCAAUGCUGAAGAAGCAACCAAAUGACGGCGCGUUUCUAAUUCGUGAGUCUGAAUCUUGCCCUGGUGAUUUCAGUCUUUCCGUCAAAUUUCAGGACGGGGUACAGCACUUCAAAGUGCUACGCGACGGGGUCGGGAAGUACUUUUUAUGGGUAGUAAAGUUCAACAGUUUGAACGAACUUGUCGCAUAUCACAGAAUCGCCUCUGUCAGCCGGACUUCGACCAUUCUGUUGAAGGAUAUCGAACCGGAAACUCGCCUUGUGCAGGCGAUGUUCGACUUUACGCCUCAAGAAGCGGGUGAACUUGAGUUUAAACGCGGCGACAUAAUUACGGUUACGGAUAAAUCAGACGAAAACUGGUGGGAAGGAAUGUUGAAGAACCAAAAAGGGAUGUUUCCUUCAACUUACGUCUGCCCAUACAAUCCUCAGUGA